AUGGAUUUGGAACGUGGGUAUCGAUUCAGGAACGAAACCAAGAUGAAAGGUGUUGGGAUCGGAUUGAAUUCCGCUACCCUUUUGAUCAUUAAGGUCCCGGAUUCGCGGUUUUUGCGUCUUAUGUCACGAUCACUGUUCUUGGCUAUUGUUAUUCUGACAUUGCCCUCAAUUAUGUCUAUUAUCAGGGGAUCUUCAAGUGCUUUCUAUGACUCUGAUGUUGGCUAUGAUGUGAUUGAUUUCGACUUGUUGCCUUUUGUUUUUCGUGAUUUGGCCGACGAAGGCCUUCUUAAAAAAGGCCUUAAGGGUCUCAUUUUGAGUUCUGCCAUUGGUGAUCCUGAAGAAAUUUCGCAGUUCUUAGUUGAUAACGAUAUUAGUUUGGUUAUUGGAUCUGAUUUGGGCCGCCAAAGCUUGAUUCCAAAAGAGACAUUUGAUUUUGUGUUCACACCCAGCUUUCAGGAUGCUAAAUUUUUAGACCGGGUUCUCAAGAUUGGUGGCAUUGUUGUUAUGCAAUUGAGCAAUGACCAUCCAGAUAAGUUUCAACAGCAAGCAAACUAUAAAAUUGUGUAUAUUCGGAGAUUUGAUUCGACUGUGGUAGCAAUGAGGAAAAUUGAUGUGGUGGAUGGCUUAGCGAAAUCCCCAACAAAGCAGAGACUUUGUGGGAUCACAGAAGAGGCCAAGAAAGCGGCAUUGGGGGGUCUAGAGGACGUAUUGCUCGAGCCACCAAGACAAGCAUUAGCAAAAUCGAGCAAUGGCUCAAGGAAAAUCAAGUUCCUCCCCAAUUUGUUGGGGGACUCACUUGAAAGCUAUCAGCGUCGGAUUUUCAUUUCAGAUGAAAAAGCAGGAGUUCUGGAAUGGUUUCAUGAAAAUUAUCCGAUGGGAAAUCAGCAAUUUGAGAUUUAUAAUUUGGAGUUUGAGAUGUAUGAAGCGGACAAGGUAGACAAAGGAUCAUUAAGCAGAAUUCGCCUCAGACAAUUGGGGUGUCUGAGUGGUUGA